AUGUCCCCUAUUGUGGGAUGCUUUCAAGCUCAACAAGUGUCCCUGCGGUCGCUGGUGGAUCUGUCUAGCUUUGCACGGUGUCGGGCGUUGACUGUAACGUUCAUCUGUUGGUGGGUUGGGGAUUGGAGGUACUUGGCAAUGAGGAGCGUACAUGUAAAAUGCCUACCGAGUCUGGCGCUUUCAGCGAGACACUCGCCCAGGCUGCCCCUGCGUCCCACUGCCCCCGCUGUCAUCCUGGCCUUGCCUUACCUCCGCGUUGUGCUGGGACCCAGGGGUGCGUUUGUGUCGCAGCCUCCCCCACUUGCAGGUCUGUCAUUUCAUCUUAAUCUCUCGGAUGCCAUCACUCCCACCCCCCGUGGUGUGGCACAAAUGAAGUUAAAUGAGCUCCUAGCUGUGUUUGCCUUUCCUGUUGCAGCUUUUCAUGCCUUUCAUGCUGAUUUCAGAGCUGAUUCCUACAAACUGGAGGAAAACCUGGCUCUCUCAAGACGGCUGCUGUCCUUUUGUUUCGUGCAUCUGCUGUGCCUGGACUUCACCGUGGCCGAGAAGGAGGAGUGGUACACGGCCUUCGUCAACAUCACCUACGCCGACCCGGCGGCCGGCAGCGCCGAGCUCCGCAGCGAGAAGAGCGAGUGCGGGCGUUACGGCGAGCAGUCGCCCAAGCAGGACGCCCGCGGGCAGGUGGCCCUCUCCGCCUCGCCCACCGACCGCUACGCCUGCGACCCCGGCACCCGCUUCAACGCCCCGGCGCCGGGCAAGAGCUGGGUGGCCCUCAUCCCACGGGGCAACUGCACCUACAAGGACAAGAUCCGCCACGCUGCUGCCCAGAACGCCUCCGCCGUGGUCAUCUACAACGUGGGCUCCAGCAACGCCAACGAGACCAUCACCAUGCCCCACGCAGGCCUAGAAGAUGUUGUAGCAAUAAUGAUUCCUGAACCCAAAGGAAAAGAGAUAGUGAGCCUCCUGGAGAGGAACAUUACUGUGAUGAUGUACAUAACCAUCGGGACACGCAACUUGCAGAAGUACGUCAGCCGGACCUCUGUGGUGUUCGUCUCCAUCUCCUUCAUUGUGCUGAUGAUCAUCUCGCUGGCAUGGCUGGUCUUCUAUUACAUCCAGCGAUUCCGCUACGCAAAUGCCAGAGACAGAAAUCAGCGCCGGCUUGGAGAUGCUGCAAAGAAAGCAAUCAGCAAGCUGCAAGUCAGAACAAUCAGGAAAGGUGAUAAGGAAACUGAGCCAGACUUUGAUAACUGUGCUGUUUGUAUUGAAGGCUACAAGCCCAAUGAUGUUGUCAGAAUUUUGCCUUGCAGGCAUCUUUUCCACAAGUCCUGUGUAGACCCCUGGCUGCUAGACCAUCGUACCUGCCCGAUGUGUAAAAUGAAUAUUCUAAAAGCUCUAGGGAUCCCGCCAAAUGCAGAUUGUAUGGAUGAUAUACCUCCAGACUUGGAAGCAUCCAUAGGAGGACCGCCAACCAACCAGAUAACGGGAGCCAGCGACGUAACAGUGAAUGAGAGCUCUGUAGCCCUGGAUCCCCCGGUGCGGACUGUGGGAGUACUACAAGUCAUCCAAGACGUAGACUCCUUUCCCCAGAUUGGGGAGGGUAACUUCACAACAAGCAAUGAACAGGAGCCAGCAGUCAGCAGUGAUUCAGAUAUUUCAUUGAUUAUGGCAAUGGAGGUUGGACUGUCCGAUGUGGAGCUUUCCACUGAUCAAGACUGCGAAGAGGUGAAGUCUUGAAAAACAAACAGGGAUCCAACACUAAACUACAGGGGAGGGCCACAGGGAGGGACCGAGUCAGGUGAUUCUAGGAUUUGGACCAGUCAUGCACAUGCCUCCAGAGCACUGUCACUCCUGCACACUCCAUUCUGAGAUGGUCACGAAAAGCAAUAGCAACAGUUGUGUCUGCCUGGAUGCAGUUUCAUCAUCUACAUACGUUCAUUUUGUUCACAUGGGAGACGAAUGCUUCCAGUUUACCCACGAGCUUGAGAGCAGUCAUGUAACUCUUCAGUGGCUCAUAAACACGCAACUGAAAUGACA